AUGCCCAAGAUGAUGGACUCAGGCUUGCAAUCGUACAAGAAAACAGGCAGAAACCCGUCAAAUGAUAUCCUUGGCCCCGCCGUCUUCUUUCUGUCAGGUCAAUCUGUCCUCGCCGAGUCCGCAACAUCAACACCACUUUACCAAUUAAACAGUGACAUCAAGUCAAUCUCGAACAAGGAUUCGUCCGUCGCAUUCGAAAGAGUUGAUCAAGAUGUCUCUGAGCACGAGAACCAGAACGAGGGUGUUACUGCUAGCAAAUCAAGAAAGCGACAUAUUUUCUACCUUGCACACCCUGUGAAUGCACAUUACCGGACCGACAUACCUGCCAAGUACUACAUCACUGCCGCAGUGCCCGAAAUGGUAGGGAAUAUUCGCUUCGAGACUUUUGAGACGCGGUUUAAAAAGAUAUCCUUCAAGGCGAUGUUAAGUGCGAACAAAACCGCGUCGGAUAAGCCAUUAUUCAACGAGGGCACGCAACAACUCCUGUUGUUUGAUAUCCAACCAAAUUGGAAAGUCGGUCGGAAUUGUUACAAGUGGAGCGACUCCAAUGGAAGACAGGUAGCCGUUGAAGAAACAGAGGGUGAGAAGUAUAAAGUAUCCAUCACGAGGAGCAUAUCACAGGAGUUGAGGGAUGCACUGGUCGCUACAUGGCUGUUGAGGCUGUGGCAUGACACGGCCGAGAUCACUAGCACCUUCUCUUUUGGCUAA